AUGGCUGAGAUCGAUAACUAUGAGGACAGUAGUGAAUCUAGUAAAGAAAGAACUGAUAGUGGAGAUGAGGAGAGUAGCACAGACAACGGAGAUACUGGACAUGACGAUGAUGAUCCUCUGCCCUUGUCAAUCUAUAGCAAUUGGUGGCCGGGGAAGGCUCAAUCACAUCAUCGCAACCCCGUUUCACCAGACGAUCCAGAGUACCAGCAAUGGGCUCAAAAAGAUUCGAUGGUCCUUUCAUGGAUCAUCGAGAAUAUUGACGGAGACCUUAUCUAUGAUCUGAACACAAAGGCAACCUCUAUGAAACAAGGGAUAGACACGAUAGAGGUGUAUUUUAGCAAAUUAAAUACCCUCUGGAAAGAAAUUGAUAGACGAAUGCCUAACCCGAUGAAAUGUGCAGAGGAUAUCACAUUGUUUAACUCGUUUAUACAACGGCAGAGGUUGUAUCAAUUUUUGGCUGGUGUGAAUGAUUCACUUGACAAAGAAAAACGGGACAUUCUGAAUUUAGAUCCCCUUACAACCAUUGAUGCCGCAUAUGCCACUAUCAGACGAGAAAUUGCUCGUCGCGGUAUAAUGACCGGCAACUCAUCACUGGGACGAGGUCCCUCAGAGAUCGGAAGUGGUCUUGUCACUCAACGCCGGUCAGAUUCUUCAUCCCGGCGAGAGGAUAAAACUCACCUUAAAUGCAGUCAUUGCGGAGGAACCAAACACACCAAGGAAGGGUGUUUUAAGCUCAUCGGCUACCCGGAAUGGUGGGAGGACCUAAGACAGCGCAAAGCCGCCACCAAGGUGACAAAGACCGGCGGCAAGGCUAACGCCGCCAUCGGAGAAGGAGAACCGACCAGCGAGGACUCAUCAACCACUGUCACUGACAGGCGAACAGGUACGAGUGGCAAGGAUGGGUUCACCAAAUUUUUUGGUGAACCAUGGAUGAAAACAGAGGAAUCGACGGAAAGAAGAAACGAGAGAGUUCUAGAGGAAUCCUCCUUUAGAAAUGAUGGAUGCUCAGACGGGGCGGAUCAUUGGUCGUGGUAUUGA